CGUCCUGCCCGGCCUUCCGCCUCUCCGCACGCCGCCGUCCUGCCCGGCUUCCCGCUCCUCCGUACGCCGCCAUCUUGCCCUGCCCUGGCCCCGCCGUACGCCACACGGGUGUCGCCAUCUUGCUCUGCGUCCGCCCCAUCGGGCGCCGCCAUCUUGCCUUGUUGGCGGGCGGGGUUUGCCGUGAACUGGCGAGUAGCGACCCCGCAGGUGCGGGGUUUCGCCGCUACCUGCCGGGCAGGGUAGCGGGUCCGCGAUGCGUGCGGGCGGGGAAGCGCCGCACCAGGUGCUGGGCCGCCUGCGGUUCCUGCUGCAGUGCAGCGAGUGCUUCCGCCGCGCCCGGGAGCUGCCCGCCGCGCUCUGCUACGUGCCGCGGGAGGUGCAGUACAAGAUCUGCAAGGACCCUGCCGCCGCUGCCGCCCCCGCCGCCGCCCGCAGCCUGCUCAGCGUGUGGGACAGCCCAGGGCCGGCGCGGGGCGGCAAGCGGGCGGCGCGGGCCACCAUCGAGGUGCGGAAGGGCGGCUGCCUCCGUGCCACCGGCGAGGAGUACUGCAACGGUGCCGGGCUCUGGGUUAAGCUCAGCAAGGAGCAGCUGGAAGAGUACCGGAGCAGCUGUGAGCUAGAGGAGGGUUGGGUGCUGGUGUGCAAACACGCCGACGGCGGGGACCGGCUAGUGCCAGUGGACUCCACGGAACGGAUACAGCGGCAGCAGCAGCUUUUUGGGGUGGACUACAAACCCGUCAUCAGAUGGGAGCAGGUGGUGGAUCUGACAUACUCACUGCGCCUCGGAGCAAAACCUAAGCCCAUGGAACAGGACGAGGCUGCAGUAGAGAAGCUUCGAUAUGUGCCCCCAACAUGGACUUAUGAAUGUGAUGAAGACCUAGUGCAUUUCCUGUAUGAUCACAUUGGGAAGGAGGAUGAGAACUUGGGCAGUGUCAAGCAGUACGUGGACAGCAUUGAUGUCUCAUCUUACACGGAGGACUUCAAUGUGUCAUGCUUGACCGACAGCCAUGCUGACACGUACUGGGAAAGUGAUGGGUCCCAGGGCCAGCACUGGGUGCGGCUCAACAUGAAGAAAGGCACCAUUGUCAAGAAACUUCUGCUGACAGUGGAUACUACCGAUGAAAACUUCAUGCCCAAGCGAGUUGCUGUGUAUGGAGGCGAGGGGGACAAUCUGAAGAAAUUGAAUGAUGUCGGCAUUGAUGAGAGCUACAUUGGGGAUGUGUGUGUCCUUGAGGAUAUGACAACACAUCUGCCUGUCAUUGAGAUCCGGAUUGUGGAGUGCAGAGAUGAUGGAAUCGAUGUUCGCCUUCGAGGCAUCAAAAUCAAAUCCUCUCGACAGAGGGACUUGGGGCUGAGCGCCGACAUGUUCCAGCUGCCCAAUCUAGUGCGCUACCCUCGCCUUGAAGGGACAGAUCCCGACCUGCUGUACCGACGGGCCGUGCUCAUUCAAAGGUUCAUCAAACUCCUGGACAGUGUCCUGCAUCACUUGGUUCCAGCCUGGGACCACACUGUUGGCACGUUCAGCAAACUCAAGCAUAUCAAGCAGUUCUUGCUGCUGUCCAAGAGGCGCACAGCUCUCAUUACCCAGUGUCUGAAGGACUCGGAGACCAGCAAGCCCAAUUUCAUGCCACGGCUCUAUAUUAAUCGACGCCUGGCUAUGGAGCACAGAGACAAUCCCGCCCUGGACCCCAGCUGCAAGAAUGCUGUCUUCACCCAGGUGUAUGAAGGCUUGAAACCUUCAGACAGAUUUGAAAAGCCUCUAGACUAUAGGUGGCCGUUGCGUUAUGACCAGUGGUGGGAGUGCAAAUUCAUUGCAGAGGGCAUCAUUGACCAAGGUGGCGGUUUCCGAGACAGCCUGGCAGACAUGUCGGAGGAGCUGUGUCCCAGCUCGGCAGACACCCCUGUGCCUCUUCCCUUCUUUGUGCGCACAUCUAACCAGGGUAAUGGCACUGGAGAAGCCAGGGACAUGUACGUACCCAACCCCUCCUGCAGAGACUUUGCAAAGUACGAGUGGAUUGGGCAGAUCAUGGGAGCAGCUCUGAGGGGCAAGGAGUUUCUGGUCCUGGCUCUUCCUGGCUUCGUAUGGAAGCAAUUAACAGGGGAGGAAGUCAGCUGGAGCAAAGAUUUCCCUGCUGUGGACUCUGUGCUGGUGAAGCUCCUGGAGGUGAUGGAAGUCAUGGACAAAGACACCUUUGAGUUUAAAUUUGGGAAUGAACUGACCUACACAACUGUGCUGAGUGACCAGCGCAUGGUGGAGCUGAUCCCCAAUGGCAGCAGCACUGUGGUGCGCUAUGAGGACCGCAAGGAAUUCAUCCGCCUGGUGCAGAAGGCUCGUUUGGAGGAAAGCAAGGAGCAGAUCAUGGCCAUGCAGGCUGGGCUGCUAAAGGUGGUGCCUCAAGCUGUUCUUGAUCUCCUCACCUGGCAGGAGCUGGAAAAAAAAGUCUGUGGAGACCCUGAAGUCACAGUUGAUGCCCUCAAGAAGCUCACCCGGUUUGAGGACUUUGAGCCAUUGGACACCCGUGUUCAGUACUUUUGGGAAGCACUCAACAACUUCACCAAUGAGGAUCGCAGCCGCUUCCUCAGAUUUGUCACUGGCAGAAGCCGCCUUCCAGCACGGAUCUACAUCUAUCCAGACAAGAUGGGCUCUGAGACAACAGAUGCUUUGCCAGAGUCGUCUACCUGCUCCAGCACACUCUUCUUGCCCAACUACGCCACAGCCAAGGUAUGUGAAGAGAAGUUGCGCUACGCUGCCUAUAACUGCGUGGCCAUUGAUACAGAUAUGAGUCCGUGGGAAGAGUGAUGUUGCAGCCUGGCCACACAGCAUGGACAAUGGUUUGACAAAACCGCACAGUGGGAAGAGCUCCCUUGAUUCCCAGGAUGUGUAUAUAAAAUAAACAUGAAGGUGUGAAGCCUGGCUCCCAGCAGUGGUAACCAGCACCUUUUUUGCACAUGGAGAUUUGGGUCUUCAACAGGGUGGGAGCUGUCUUGAAGUGUAAAUGUAGUUGCAGUAACGAAACCCUGCCCCAGCCCUCACAAAUCUGGUAGACUUUUACAAUUCAUUUCUUCUCUAUGUGUCCCUGUUGCAACUCCACAACUCUCAUCCCUCUCAGGCUGUGUUCUGCUCCAAACAGAGGCAGGGUAGAGCGAUAAAGCUGUAUGGCACAGGACAGAAAUAUGUGAGCUGUUACUGAGCCCACAGAGAUGCUCAGUGUAUCCUAGCUUUAGUGUUCUGACCACGUUCCCUUGACUUGUUUCUGCUUUUAUCUGAGAUCAGUGGAAAUGAGGUUAUUCAUCUGGGUGUAAGGAGAAAUGAAGCAGGAUGGUAGCAGGUGCUGCAGGGGUGCCUCUGGCCAGCAGGUGUCAAGACAGACCUGCACAGCAGGACUGCAGGUGCUGUCAGGAAAGUUCCCCCAUGAUUUUACGUUGCAUCAAGUCCCAGUACCUGUGACCAUCAGUGGUUCCGCUGCACUCUUCACUCAGCAGUGACUGCUGAGGGGAGCUACUCCCCUACAGGAGGUGGGAAUUGUUUGCUUCCCAUCUGCUCUGUAGCUUCCAGUUCUUCAUCCAGCAUGCUGGUGGCCUAGCCUGUUCUCCCCGUCUCUUUAAGUCAGUGUGAUGCAUUUCCAUGCUGGUGGCUGAGUCACUUCCUAUGGUGUCUGUUUCAAAUAGGCAUGAGCAAACUAGUGAAAGGACUUUGAUCUGCUGGCUUAGCCUUUGUUAGGAAUGUUGGUGAAUGAGUCUUCAGCAUCAAGCUGGGAUUUGAAAUGAGACAUUUGGGUGAAAUUGAUCCUGCAUUUUCCAAUCUUGACCAUUUCUCUCUAGGGAAGGCUGGCAGGAGGUCAUGUUAUUUAUUGAGCAGAACUGAAAGCAGCAAGAAAAAUGUGCGUGUGUCCAUGUGCUUUGUUGUCUGGCAGGAAAUGUUGAUUGGUGAGUGGCUCAGGGCCAGAUGGAUAAAAUUGACCUAGUCUUUGGUGGAAGGAUUUGCCGAUGUCACCUAUCACUAGGAGGCAGCUGAGACCACUUGGGGUAACCAGCUGGGAAGAAAUGGUCACCUCUGGUGGAGACAUUUCCAGCAGGUAACCUCUGUCUCCCCUGGCCUCAGUGGCAGCAACUGCAGAUGUCAGAGGGUAACUGAGCUAAUUAUGGAGGUACCCAGAGCAGCUCAGGUUUCUCACUGAGUGAUAAGGUGUACAGACAGCUCUGUUUUCACUUGUCCAUGUACAUAGUCCCAGCCCUCCAUGAGGGAGAGCUGAUAUGCAGGAGGAUGCUGAGAGCACAGCCUGACUGAAGUAGUGGGAUCCUUCCCUAAAAGCAUCAUGGCAUCUCCACCUUUGGAAAUGCUCAAGACUUGUCUUAGAGCCCUGGGCAUUCUGGUCUUCACUUCCAGUCUUGUCCCGCUGGCUUCAGGUCUAAGUCUAACCUAGUCAACCUCCACUUGAUGACUAUAGAGUUAUUGAUUUUAGCUUUUCCUGCAUUUCUCCACUCUUCCAGCAAGAUCUUUUAGCCCCUAAUUCUCUUACACCUCAGGGUUUUAUUUCCUGACACUGAGAAAAGUGCCACCCAAGGGCUUGCUGGAGCUCUGCUGUGAGUGCUGGAGCUCUGGAGAAAGGAUCUAGUCAGUAAUGAGAAUUUCUGUUUAAAAAAUACUUGAAGUAUCAGGACUGUGGCCCUAGCAGGAAAGGAGCUCAUCCAGGAUGGUCCAGGUUUAACCUCUACAAAUAUAUUGAGAAAAACAUUGUUUUAUCAUAUGGACCAUUGUUUCACUGUGCAUUUUGUGUUAUGGCCAUAUAUACAUGUUGCAGAAUGGCAGCAGCUGCCAGGGUAUAGAGACCUGUGAAAGCCCCUUCCACUUGCAAGAAGAGCCCAUCACUGUAGCAAGGUCUCAGUUGAGAUCAUUUAGUGCAUGGUCAGGGGAUGGCAUCAAACAUGGCUUCUGACAAGGAUGCCAAGGUAACCCACAGGUCACACUGUUGGACUUGCUGGGAAAAGGAGCUGUUAAACCACCUGGGUCUCGUCUGUGUGAUUCUCUUGUCUUGUCUGUAGUGUGUUAAAGCCAAUUGCACACUGAGUGUUCUGCCCAGCGAAUUGCGGAAAAGGUCAGCCUGGCUCAGCUCUGGUCUCAGGGGCCCAAAGUAGGUGUUAUUUCGGUGCUGGGUCACAUUUCCUCACUGAUCUUUCAAGCUGUGGGUAGGAGCGGUUUCCUACCGUGUUUGACCUAAGUCAAGUGCCCCAACCUCCUACUGUGCCUUCAUGGGCACCAGGAACCAGAAGUUGUGUGUCCCUGAUCUAUCACCUGGUCUCAAGUCAUUCAAGAUUUAUUUUUCAAUCCAGUGCCAUCCUGAGGAAGGGGUUAGUGCCUUUUGUGCUGCUGAAAUGAGAAGGCAUCUGUGUGACAGAUGCAGCUUUACAGAGUGGGUAGGAAUGAGCUUUGAGGAGGGACUACAUGCUCCUCUCCUGACUUCAGCUUGCUGAAUUGUCCUAGAACAGCUUCAGGUGAUUAAUAACACAUGUUAGUCUAGCUGUUCUUGUUAUUCUGCUAAUACCCUGGAGUAGGACAAGCUAUAGUUUGACAGGAUCUGUCUAUCCUUACCUUCUCUACGAUCUAAAAUAAAGUGAACAAACUCA